CGGCUCAUGUCAAAAAGAAAAAAAAAAAGAAAAAAAAAAGAAAAAAAAAAGAGAUAGAGCUCUUCCUUACCUUAUUCUCAAUGGAUGACACGAUCAGUUAUCUCAAAGUCGUGGCACCUGAAUCGGCCCAAGGUCAGCGAAUCCGACGUUGGCUGUUAGUGAAUCACCGAGACGUAGCCAAAACACAAAAAAACCUCCAUCGUGCGUUUUCCAGAAAAGAGAUCUCCGUGAAUGGAGAACCUGUUGAGGAAUGUCGAUUAUUGGCCAAGGACGAUGUCAUUGAAGUCAAAUACGACAAGUCGAUUGAAGAAGCCGAAAAAAUGAAAAUCAUUCCCAUUAAGGUUUCGUACGAGGAUCCGCAUUUAGCUGUUGUUUGGAAGCCUUCUGGUCAGACUUUUGUUACGUUUGAAAAGGCUAUUGAAUAUAACACAGCAUUAAAGGACCUGGAAGGAAAUCGAGAAAAAGUGUGGUGCAUCAAUGAUAUUCAAAAGGCUGCUUCUGGAUUGAUCAUUGUAGCAAAAACCCCAGAAAUGAAGGACGCUCUCAUGAAUGAUUAUAAGAACGAUGAAAUCCAAGUGACAAUGAGACUUCUCGUGCAUGGAUCAGUACCAACUGUCGAUAUCGACACACUUUUCCGACCCGAGAUGAACAAAAAGGAAGAGGAUGCUGAACCCAUUGUCCCCACCGAAGUAGUAAAAUCCAUCUCCAUUGUAUCACAAACACGAUCCAACAAUUCGCAAUUUAUAUCUAAAAUUGAUUUGGAAUUACACACACCUUUAUCCAACUGUGCCUUAAGAAAGCUAUUUUAUUUUCAUUCGGAUCAUCCCAUCAUUGGCAACUCCAAUUAUACCAAGCCCUUGAAAACAAAUCGUGAUAAAGGCCUUUGUGCCGCACUUUUAGCUGUUUCGUUUACUCAUCCCAUUACAAAAGCACAGAUCAGUGUAAAAGAGGAUGAACCUUCUAAAUUCCGUGUGGUAUGUGAAAGAGAAGCCAAGUUCUAUCAAAACAAACUCGACCGAGAAAGUGAUGAGAUUAAAAAAUCAGGUAUAUUACCUAUUGACUUGGAAGAACGUAAACAAGGCCAAUUGCUUGCGUAUAUACUGGGCCAAAAGGAUUUCUUUGGUCACUCUUUUAAAAUCACAAAGGACUGUUUAAUCCCUCGUGCUAGUUCUGAAACACUUGUGCAAGCCGCCAUAACUGUCUUAAAAAACAAGUCGAAUCCAAAGGUUAUAGAUGUAGGUACUGGGUGUGGAAAUUUGUUGAUUUCAAUUCUGCAUAAAGUGCCAUCUUCUUCUGGCGUAGGUGUUGAUAUUAGUCAAGCAGCUUUAGAUGUUGCCAAAGAAAAUGAGCGUAGUAUCUUGAAUGAGGAUGAAAAGAGAAUAGAGUGGCGAUUACAAGACAUGUCACAUAUAUCGGAUGUAGACCUAUACGAUGUACUGGUCUGUAACCCACCUUAUUUAGAUUUUGACAAAACAAGUAAAGAAAAGGAACAAAUGGCUGCCUUGGAGCAAGAGCCAGCUGAAGCAUUAUUUGCUAAAGACAAUGGUUAUGAGUGGUACAAGGUCUUGAGUAAUGUGGCCCCCAAAAUUGUAAAAGAAGAUGGGUAUGUUGUAUUAGAAUGUGGAAAGAACAUGAUGGAAAAAGUCUUGGGUAUCUGGUCAGACUGGGAACAAGACGAAGUGUAUAAGGAUAUACAAGGCUGGAACAGGUGUCUGGUCUUGAAAAAAAGUUGUAAAUAAUUAUGGAUUAAACGAUGUAAUAAACGUUUUCAAUAAUUGCUAGCAAUUGUAUUGAUAGUAAAU